CUUUGGGUUGGAUGUCGAGACCAGGUUCCAGCAGUAAGAAAUGGGGUUCGACUGGAGACUCCUGCACUGCUCGUUACAUAUCUAUGAUGUAGGAUGAUGCAAUACUCAUAGUGUCCCUGACGACGAAGACACUGAAGAUGGCACAUAUAUAGUUCGGACUAUUUGUUGCUACUUACUCUGUAGCGCUCACCAUUGAAGAAACUCUAUCAAGUCUCUUGUUAAGCACUCAAAAACAAACUCUACUAUCACUACCACAAUGAGCGACUACGACAAGGUUCGCAUUGCUUACGAUGCCGAAAAGGACCUCAACUCCUACCAGGCCAAGCAGGGCCUUGGUCCUAAAAGCGAUUCCACCCUUGAGUCUGGAGUGAACGAGAUGGUGGACAGGAAGUUCGAGACAGGCAUUCGUACUGGCAGAGAAGCAGGCGCUUCCGGCAGCGACCGCAAGCCCAUCCCAGAAGAGGAGGGAGGCAGUCGUGAUGAUCGCGGCCGACUCGCAAAGGCUGGACAAUUCAACGGCCCUGGUGGCCCUGAGGACAAGGUGAAGCUGGAGUCUGAGCGUCGCCCUGGUGAUCAGGAUACUUUGGGUAUCCAGGAUUUGAAGCGUGAGGGACUGGCUCCAUAAAC